GGGGCGAAUUAUUUUGAAAAGUCCCAGUUCACAUUUGCUAAAUUAAAAUAAAAAAUAUAACCCAGAAAUGCCAGGCUUGUUUUAAGAUAAAACUUUAGUAGUGUAUUUGAUUAACUCCCGCCCCUAAAACACGCCACCAGUAGUGAGAGAGAGAGAGAGAGAGAGAGAGAAAGAAUCCUGUCAGUUACACACCGGCGUCUGUUUUCCUCAAAUGAACCAUGGCUAAACAAACCUAAAGCUCAAUUUAGACUAUUAAAACCGCACAGACUCCCACUUUAAACAGCGAAUUAAAGGUAUAAGAAGUCCAAUAUUUGAGGGAAAAUGGUCGUGUUGCAGAAUGUUUCUCCUCCAAGAGAAGGAGUGAGACACGAAGAAGUGGACAUUACCGCCGUGCUGGACGGGAGAAGACUUGGGGCAGGAACUCUUUGCGUUGCAGAAAGUCGUGUGUCUUGGGUCGAUGGGUCUGGAGUAGGAUUUUCUCUAGAUUAUCCCUCCAUCAGCCUCCAUGCCAUCUCCCGUGACCUGAGCGCGUAUCCUGCAGAGCAUCUGUACGUGCAGGUCAACUCCAGGCAUCAAGAAGAUUCCAAGGAUGCUGAGGCGAAAGCCGAAGAGGAAGCAGACGGCAGUAGCGAUGACGACGGGGACGAUGACGACGACGGGGACGACGACGACGUCUCUACGGGCGCGUUCACAGAGAUCCGCUUUGUUCCAAACGAUAAAGGAUCUCUGGAGAAGAUGUUCACGGCCAUGUCCGAAUGCCAAGCCCUGCAUCCCGAUCCGGACGACUCGGACUCCGAUUUCGACGGUGACGAGUAUGACGUCGAGGAGGCUGAGCAAGGCCAGAUCGAUCUGCCCACGUAUUACUCGUUUGAGGAGGGCAUGUCUCAGCUGACCAUGGAAGGCCAGGCCACAAUGCAGAACUCGGAAGGGAUGCUGGGUCAGUCCUCAUCCCCACAGUGCUGCAUGGCUGGAGUCAGGACCGAGGAUGCAGCGGCUGCACUAGAUGAUGAUGCAAAGACGGACUCGGGUGCCUUUGGAGUCUCGGGGCAGUUUGACGACGCUGAAGUUGACCACUGGAUAAAAUCUUAAACCAGUGAUGCAGCCUGCCCAGGAAACUCGGCUCAGCUUUUCCCCGCGAGAUGUCCAGAGUAAUUACAGACCAAAACUGCCGAGGAGAGCCGUGGCUGGAAUGCUGAUUUCUCAGCAAAGGUCAGAUUAUUGUCGUUGGCACAGAAAGAAAUGAUAGAAUUUAAUCCUUAAUGGUAUUGUGCGUCAGUAAAAACCUUUGCUUCUGUAGAAUGUUACCAUUUUAAAUACGUAAAUGACACACAAUGUGUCCACUGUAUAAGUCUAAACAUUCAGAAGGAUUUUGGGGUUUAGAGAGUUGCUAAAAUAAUAGUUUUUUUUUUUUUAAACCACAGUUCAAAUUAAUGCUCUGGUUCUAAUAUAUUGUUUCUAUAAUAACAACAAACUUAUUCACAAGGACUUGUAUGUGGGAUGCUCUUUAUAAUACAAGUAUAACCACAAACAGUGGUCAUUUAACAAAAAUGAUAGCGUUGAUAUUGUGAAAAAAUUCCGUAAAGCGAUUUAAAGGGUUUAUGUAAUUUAAUUAUGGAAGGAGUCUCCAGUGUUAACGCUUCAUAAUGGGCGGGAAGUUUUCAGACAAGAACUCGUUGUACUUGAUGGAAAAAUCUCUGUAGUACAAGAAGAAUAAAACGCUUAAAUUAAGGACAUGCUGGUAUGGGAAAAUAAUCAUCAUUUAUUUAUAGUUAUUAUAUAUACAUGAUGUUUAUAGUUAUUUUUAAUGCCGCGGAUCGCCUGUUAUAAAGAACCGACACUGGAGACUCCUUCCAAAUACGCUAACUAAACGCGUCCUCGCGGAAAAGCUGUCAUAGAAAAUUAGUCAGCACCUUUCUGACCAGUUUGAAAUAAACAUUAAACAGAAAUGUGAUUUCAUUAAAAGAGACCUAAAAAG